AUGCACAUCAUGAACCGCGUCAUUCCCCUCUUGAUCGCAUUCCUCUGCGCGGCGCUCUUCUCGUCUGCGCAGGCCGCCGACCCGCCGUCUGUCACCGCCGGACAGAGCGCAACCAAUGCCCAGCCGGCCGCCUCUGGGUCGGCCCAACAGCCUGCCGCCUCGGGCUCCGCAUCCGCAUCAGGCUCCAACGCCCCCGCGUCCGGCAGCGGCAGCACGUCGGCCUCUCCCUCUGUCACCAUCCCCUCGUCGGCCGCCGCGGGAGGCAUCACCAUCACCAACCCCGUCCAGACGGCCGACGCCUCCUACUACAAGAUCGCCAGCGGCGUCUCGGUCACCUUUGCGUGGAACUUUACCUCGGUCAUCCAGUACCCCUCGCGCCUCACCGUCCAGGCCUACUGCUCCGACAACGCUUACACGUACCAGAUCGGGCCGACGGAUCUGCCGGGCACGGCGACCAGCGUCGUCUGGAGCCCGUACGACUACAGCAUGAGCGCCGCCGCCAACCCUUCGCUCCCGCAGCUCGUCCAGGCCACCUACCGCCUCCAGAUCUUUGACGAGCGCGGCCUCGGCGUCGGCGCCUCGCCCGGUCUCAUGGCGCCCAACACCCGCGUCACUUUUGCCCUGUACAACCCGCAGGCCUACACGCCGCUAGCGAGCGGCUGGAUCUGUGCGGCAUGCAGCGGAGCACCAUCGCUCAAGACGAUCCACCCGGCCAUCCUCGGCCUGAUCGCGACCACCGCCGUGAUGGUCGCUUCCGGCUACGGCAUGGUGAUGCGCCAGCUGGCGUGA